AUGGCUGCGAGAAGUCAACGUAACAGCUACACGGCUAUGGCCGUUGGCGGAUCUCAUUUCCGAUUCCAGGAAACGGAUACAUUCCCCACGCUCGAAGAGUUGGUCAUCUCCAGAGCUGAUGACCUUGCGCACGCCUACGAGUUUAGCCCCAAGCACUGCAGCGAUUGGGCCUACGCCAUGGACUGGAGUGAGAUGCGCAUCUUGGACGUGGCCUCCACUUAUUCUGAACACCUGCUACGAGAGAUCGCUGGUCUAGUACCCAAGCUACACACGCUGAGCUUGAACCCGACCUCUAUCGACCACGCUACUCUCCAAAGUUUCCUGGGAACUGUGCCACUGUUGUCAGAUCUGAAGCUGGUUGCUGGAAGCACGUCGAACGUGUAUGUUGGUAGCUUUGACAAAGCAGUCACGAGGGUUUGUGAAGCCAUUGGACCUCAACUCCACUCUCUCCAGAUCGAAUCUAGAUCUGGUGUGGUCAUGCCGUGGCAGGAUCAGAGGAUUCAGGGGGUACUGGAGUUAUGCCCGCAGCUGAGGUACUUCGAAAGUGUCAUCGAGGGACUGGGUUCGACCGGUAAAUGGGAUGGAGAUGUUGUUGGCAAGCCGGCUUCGUACAAGCGUGCAUUGAUGUCAUCGACUGGCACUAGGAAAUCAGGUAUGUAA